GCUUGACUUCUUCAAGGGUAUUUUUACUGUUAACGUUUUUGCCUCUGAAUUAAUUUCCAAUGUUAUGUGUUCUUUGGUAUUUUCAGCUGUUUUGUCAACCGUUGGUAUUAUUCAAUAGUGGUAGUCGUAUACAAAAGUGAUAUGGCGCGUAGUGUGGUAUACCAUAUGCAGCAUAUCAGCUAGUAUAAGAUGGGGGAGGAAAUAGUUAGAAAAGUUAUCAAUAGAAACUCUUAUCGAAUAUCAAAAUAUAAAGAGAAUGGGCAUUUAGGAAAUCAAAACCCUCUAAACCCACGGUCGCCAUUGCUCUUUGAAAAGACCGAAAUGGACCCAUGCAUGACAUCAACACCUCAGAAAUUCAGGAGAAAAACAAUUGAUAAUUCAGAGUGUCACACUGUAGCACAAUGGAAAGGAAGACGAAAAACAUGCAGUGAUUCUAACGAUCCUACAGAAAAUAUUACACCACUUAAAAGUCAGAAGACAAAGCAUUUUGGUUUGGUAAAAGGAAUUACAUCAUUAAACAGAAGGACAGAUGCGUGUAGAAAUGUGUGUGGUGAAUCAUUUGACAUCACUGCUGUCAAGAGUCUGACACAAUGCCGAAUGCUGUCCCUUGAUGAAUCUGUGUUAGAAGCUAUAGAUCUGGACAGUGCAGUGAAAGAUUACUGGAACAGCCAAAAUAGGAACUUAAAUUUGGAUGUUCAGAGUAUAGGACAUGACAACCAGUGUGAAUCCCCAGAUCUCUUUGAAGGUAGUGGUAAUGUAGUCGAUGAUGAAAUGAUUAAUUUCAUGCGACAGUUAGGAGAUGCAGCCAGUUGUAAGGUUGUAACACAGUGUUCAAAAAGCCAGUGUGAUGUGGUUAAUCUGUCCAGUAAAGUCACACAUAAACUAAUCGAAAAUGAUUCUGAAUGUAAGGAUCCGCAUGUUGGAAUCAAUUCAGAUCAGAAUGCAAAUUUUAAAAGUAUAGAUGUUGCAUGGGAGAAUGAUUCAUUUUUUGAAGAUGCAGUGUGCCUUAUUGACAAAGACUUACCAGCAUCAAAUUCUCCUUCACUGAGUAACCUGCCAUUGGGAGAGAAGAUAAAAAGGACACUUAUUACCAAUGUUCAGAAACCAGUAACACCAAAACCUAAAAGUUUACAUAUAAACCCUGGACAUAUACUACAAAACCAUUCUUCAAGUUUGGUUAAAGUAUCAACGCCUUCUGAUUCUGGUGCAUUCUUUGGUUUACCAUUGAAAGUGAAAUUACUUAUACAGAAGUUUAAAGGAAUCUCAGAUCUGUACCCCUGGCAAAAGGAAUGUUUAAAUUUAGAUGCUCUCCAGUGGAGGAAGAACCUAGUUUACUCUCUCCCAACUAGUGGUGGGAAGACGUUAGUAGCCGAAAUAUUGAUACUCAGAGAACUCCUUUGUCAUAGAAAGAAUGCUAUAUUAGCACUACCAUACGUAGCCAUUGUUCAGGAAAAGGUCAGGUCCCUUGCCCCAUUUGGAUUAGAACUUGAGUUCUUUGUAGAAGAAUAUGCUGCCGGGAAAGGCCAGUAUCCUCCUCCAAAACGCCGUAAGAAACAGACCGUGUAUGUGGCAACCAUUGAAAAGGCCCUUGGUCUUACAAACAGUUUAAUUGAAGAGAAGAGAUUGGAAGAACUCGGCCUUUUUAUUGUGGAUGAAUUGCAUCUUCUUGGUGAAUCUAAUGGGAGGGGAUCCACCCUAGAAGGACUUCUUACAAAACUACUCUAUGUGCAAGCAAGUAUUCAGAUUGUGGGGAUGAGCGCAACAAUAGGCAACUUGCAUGAAGUUGCAAAAUUUCUAGAUGCGGAAACAUACGCGCAAGAUUUCCGCCCAGUAGAACUGAAGGAAUAUGUCAAGUGUGAGGAUGGAUUGUAUGCUGUUAACUGGAAAGCUGCGUGUCCAGAUGAGUUUCUGAUAUUGGAGAGAAAACUGUCAUUUUCUUAUUCUGCGACUGCAGCUGCUGUUGAUCCAGACCUGAUUGGAGGACUGGUAAUGGAAGUGAUCCCCGAAAAUUCAUGCCUUGUCUUUUGUCCUACAAAGAAGAACUGUGAAAAUGUUGCCCAGUUGAUCUGCAGAGUUUUACCGAAGGAAAUUUUGCAGGAGAAGAAGGAAGAAAAGAAAGCUUUAUAUCGAGCGUUGAUGAGCGAAGGGAAUGGUUCAGUCUGUCCAGUUUUGAAAAAGAUUCUUCCAUUUGGAAUGGCAUACCAUCAUUCGGGUUUGACUGCUGAUGAGAAACAUUUGUUACAAGAAGCGUUUCGAACCGGUACGCUUUGCUGCAUUUGCUGCACCUCAACGUUGGCUGCAGGAGUGAAUCUGCCAGCUAAACGAGUGAUCCUGCGUUCGCCGUUCGUAGGACGAGACUUCAUCAACUUGAGCCGCUACAAACAAAUGGUUGGACGGGCAGGAAGGGCUGGGUUUGGUGAGACUGGCGAGAGCAUUCUUAUCUGCAAGACAAAUGAAGCUCUAAAGGUAAAACAGCUUCUCUGCUCAGAAAUGGAUGAUGUCACUAGUACACUACAUUUGAAUGAUGGCUUAGGAAUACAAAACUUGAUUCUCAGUGCUGUUGGACUGGGUAUUGCAACCACAAGACUCACUCUUCAGAAGCUGAUAAGUUGCUCCCUGUUAUCUUUACAAGCUUCAAGACUGAAUGUGAAUUUGGUUCUUGAGAUUGACAAUAUCUUAACCCAACUGAUCAAAUUGAAAGCCUUACAUACAAUUGAUCCAGAAGAAUCAAGCCCAAAUUCAAGCACCAUGCUCACUGCCGACAGUAACGUAUCAGUGCAUAUGCUCAGCGCAUCGAAAUCUGGAACGGAGAAAAAUAAACCUUUGACACCAACUCACAAUAAGAGAGAGAAGCAUAAUGUGAUAGCACAUUUGAAAAGCGGGGCGCUACUCAGAGUUAGCAGACUUGGGAAAGCUGCCAUAAAAGGAUGUAUGCAUUUGUCUCGUGCCCACACGUUAUACCAGGACCUGGUUCAAGCUCAGUCAAGCCUAGUGUUGUCAUCAUACCUGCAUCUGCUGUAUCUUGUUACUCCAUAUGACUUGAUGAGCCAAGUCAAACCUAACCCUGUAUUGUACUUUUCUGCGUAUAACAGACUGGAUGUGAAGGAUUUUCAGACAACAAAUGUGCUUGGAAUAUCUGAAGUCUGCAUGGCACGCAUGGUGAAUGGACAGACUGUGAAGUCAGGACAGGGACAGGUGCUUAAUAGAUUCUACUUAACACUGAUGCUGUAUGACCUGUGGAAUCAGAGAUCUGUGUGGGAUGUCGCAGAUGAAUAUGAGGUUCCACGUGGCUUUGUUCAGACCCUUAUGACCUCUUCAGCUGCCUUUUCUUCUUGUGUGCUGCGUUUCUGUGAGGAGAUGAAGGAGUUUUGGGCAUUCCGAGAUCUCUUAGUCAACUUUACCCAGCAGCUUUCUCACUGUUGUACAGCUGAGUUGUUACAAUUGAUGGAUUUGCCAGCAGUUAAAAGAGGACGAGCCAGGCAACUCUACAAAGCUGGUUACAAGACAUUACGAGAUGUGGCAAAUGCUGACCCAAAGCAGAUGGUUCAUUCAAUUGAUCAUUUGCCAAAAAAGACAGCAAAUCAAAUUGUAGCUGCAGCUAAGCUACUGCUGAAGCAGAAAGCAGAGAGUUUACGUGAAGAGGCAGAAGAUGUAUUAGAAGGACUUCAAUACCAAAAUCAAUCUCAGUUUGGUUCUGGAGGGCUGAGUAAAGAAAUAUGAAUGGCCCACAAAAGGCUGGUUCUGUUCCAUCUUGGCUUAUGGAAUGUGCUUACAGCGGAAGAUACUUCUUCAUCUGGUGAGUGCUUGGCUCUUCCAAGUUGACUUCCGCUGAUGCCUUUACCCCUCCAUCCAGUCUGGUUAAACACUAAUUCCUAUAUAACGCAGUUUGGUAACUGGUACAGCACACAUUAAAACGAUGGCCAAUCGGCAAUGGAAACUUUUAUCAAGAACUUGAUGGUUUAAGGCUUUCAGUUUCAUUUGUAAAUCCUGAACACUGACAUCUUUAAACUGAAAUUCACAAAAAUCCAUAAAGCUUUCACCAAAUUAAUUAGUGAUAUUCCUCUUUUGAAAUCGACUGAUGGCUGAUACUGACUGUAGGCCGUCUUCUGGGUUGUUGUGCCGUGUAGUCUGGUAGAUGUCCAACAUUUCAGAGGUCCACGCUGCCUCCAUCAUCACGGCGAUUAAUAAGUCAUGCUAGCGGAUAGCGCUAUGAUUUAUAGGAACAGGACAUUAAAAGGAAUAGCCUAAACCUAACCAGUGGGGACUGGUUCAGAAUCAGGCAGGGGGUGGGAACAAAUAGGAGGGCUUGGGCAUGUUGUAGCGUGUGCGAGAUGGAGAGAAGGAAAUAGAGAGGUCCGAAAGAAAGCUCUUUUGAGGGCCUUAGGGAGUCUGUCUGGUGGGACAUAUGGGAGGAAGCAAGAGAGUGGAAGGGAGCUCUGGCUGGGGCCAGAAAAGGGCAGAGAAAUUGUGGGAUAAGCAAUGCUCACUGGGAUGCUUCCAGAGCCUUAGAAAGGAGUGAAUGACGAGCUGAUGAAGUUGUUGGGCUGCAAUUCAAUUUUGAUCCUAUCCAUGUAUCCAGAUCUUGUCGACAGGAUAGAGGUGUAAUGGAGUUGGAAGCGGUGGCAUGGAUCGUCUUUGUUU